AUGCAGGAUCAACAACAGCAGUCGUCUUCCAAUGGAGAGAAAUCAUCAAGUUCAUCCAAUAAGGGGGACAGUGAUUCCUCUUCUUUGCUCGGCAGAUUGUGGGAAAGAUUAACUGUGUUGCUGCUGUCUUUGCAAAAUAAGGAACCAAUUCAUGAUUGGAGAUUGGUUGCUGGAAUGGCGCUCUUUCAUUUAUACAUGAUGAUCAGUUCAAUGUUUAUUCCAACCAUCACCAUGGAUGAUACGAUAGGAAUGAUGGUCAUCAAUAGCAACGGUACAUCCAAUAUUCAACCCACAAGCGAGCCUUACUACAAAUGGGGAUAUUAUGGAGGUUGGAUUUUCAACGUCCUUAAUUAUGGAACAUCUCUCUCACUGGAUCGACUGCCCUAUAUUGGUAUGGUCGUACUAGGAUUUAUAUGCAUUGGCUUUUUAGUGUUGUGUAUACUUCUAAUGAUCAUUGCGUAUAGGUACAUGUUACUUUCCAACAGUUUUUACGGUAAGAUCAAAGUAGUUGUACAAAUCGUACUCGGAAUAGCGAUGGUUGUGGCCCUUGUGAUGACCUUUGUGAUGACAAGCUUUACCGACUGUUGGUAUGAUUUACAAAAUAGCAACAACUCUAAUCAUUAUCUGGUCAGGUUUGGAAAAAACAUGGUUUCGUGCUACUCCUCAGAGAACGUUAUCUAUCUGGUAUUCAACAUUAUCGGAUGCUUACUGCUUUUUUGUAUUCUUCCUAUGGCCAUGUUCAUUCUUCCCAACACUCAUGCUCUUUCGAAAGGAUUAUUCAUUGCAAAGAAUUCAUAUAUGCAAAUUGGGUUCUGGACUUUGACUUGUGUGGAAUUAUUCUUGGUUUCUUUUAUUCCAGUUUCAUUAGGAUACGUGAGAGCCAUUAUUCAUGUCAUGAUCGCCGUUACACUCUCGUAUCUUUAUUUUCAGUCACUUCCUUAUGCAAGGUUUGGUGAAAAUUCAGUCAUGUUUGGGGUGAUUUGUGGAAAAUGUGGUACCUCUGUUGGCUCUCUCAUCUCUUCAUUGGUCAAUGUUUCAAAUGAAUGGACUCUUGGAUUGGGAAUGACUAUAAUGACGCUUGGAAUAAUCACUCUAUUUUUCGUCAUUGGAUGUGUGUUCAUGUAUAUUUAUCAAUAUUUGAUUGUGAAACGAGUUCGAAAAGAGUUGUUAGCGAUAGUGUUAGAAAAUGGUAACUCUAUGGAAAAGGCUUGUUUUAUUGUCUUUCAAGAAUUUGAAGACAAGAAAGAAAUACGAGAACUUGAUUUUUUUCUUCGAUCCAGCACCUUCUCUAAGACAGUUUCGAAUGAUUAUUCGGACCUGGAACUUUCUUUAUGUUUUGUGAAGGGACUUGUAUAUAAUAAGUCGUUCGGAAACAUUGAAAUUUUAGUGACAGCGUCCAUUUUAUUGACCUAUUUUAUUGAAGGAGAAGGAAACGGAAUUAGGAUCCUAAACCAAGCGCUUAACAAUCAUCCAAACUUUUACCAAAAGCUUAAUAUCGAAAGAAUAGUUUUUGAAAUUGAAAACUUUAUUGAUUAUGAAAAUUCAAGAAACAAAAAGAAUAUGUUAGAAUUGAGAAAGGUGCUCGAAAACCUGGAACGGAAUCACACCGACUUAAAUUUUUUACAUCGAGCAUUUUUCAAAGAAUUGAUGAGCGACGUGAUCAACUACGAUAAGGUAGAACAAAUUAAUAGAAAGAUAGCUUCCAUGACAAAGAAUUGUCAAGUUAUGUAUGAAAAUUUAAUGCAAAGUUAUGGAAAUGUCAAGAAACUGUUGCGCCUAUAUGCCUACUUUUUAGAGAAUUUUGUAUUCGAUAAGGAGUCAUCACAACAACUGAUGACAGAAGCUCUUUCUAUUGAGGAUGAAGAGCAAAAUCGCCGUAGAAGAGGAAGUAGGAUACAAAAAACCAAUAAGAUCGCACCAUUAAAGGAAAUCAAAGAAUCGAAGGAUCACUCGUACGGCAGCGGACAAGAUUUGUUAUCAAUCAACGAAUUCUCUUUGAACAAGGCAGAAAAUUUAAGUUUAUCUGGAUUUGGUUCAAAGAAUAUGUCCGGUUCUUCCGAAAAUUUAGAAAUACCCCUUGAUGGAGUGGAAAACAAUGCAGCAGCAAAGAAAGAGUUACUCUUUAGAUCAGCAUUAAGCUUACCAGAACCUCACCGACUCCAGAAACUUGGGUUAGGUUUUUUUUUAUUUUUGACCGCCUUUUUGGUGAUCUCGUCAAUUGUGCUGAGCGUAAUUCUUUCUCAAUUUGCAACUAAAGAUAUCAUUACAUCAAGAGAAAGUUGCCGCCCCUUAGGAGCGUCAUCGUUGCUACUUGGCGAGUUGAGAACCACACAGGCACUCUUGGAAGUAUUCGGUAGAAUGGAUGAUCAAGCAUUGCAAGGUUUUAAAUUUCACAAAACAAGAUUAAGAGCUUAUUCUCAAAGCUUACAAGCUCUAAUUGACCAAGAAAAAAGUAGCAGCAAAAAUAUUCAAAACUAUGUGAACGAGAAAUACGAAAUUCUAAUACCAGCACUGGACUCAAAAGGCUCUAUGACAUCCACACCGCUCUUUACCACCAGCACUAUUCAAAAUGCAACAGUAUUUGAUAUUGUUCACAUGAUUACGAAUCAUGAACAAAUAAUAUACAACUAUGGGGUUGAUGACUAUAACAAGACUUUGGAAAGUUUUAGCGUCAUGUUUUUAAUGUUAAACAGAGAUAGAGCAGAGAACGCAUUUCAAGCUUUUUGCCUACAAGCGGUUUCUGAUAUUAAGGUAUCUGCAGGAAAAUAUGCCAAUGCUUAUUUAAUUUAUUAUGCUUGUACUGUAUUUGUCUAUCUUGUGAUUGGUUGUACGAUAGUUGGAGUAUCUAAAUAUCAAUGCUCAAAUUCAAAUCAACUCAUUAAGCUAUUAGAAUUAUAUAUUUCAAAGAAUAUCAUUGGUAAAAUAUAUCAUUAUUUGGGAAAACGAGGAGAUGAUGAAUAUGCUGCUAGAAGCAAUAAUUCUACCAUUCAACCAUCAACAAUGGUAGUCGUAUAUGGCUUUGCUCUCAUAUUUUGUACCGUCAUUUGUCUCUCGCUACUUUGCACUGGAACAAUUACAAUCAGUAAUUACGCAGCCACAACCAUACAAAGUUUAAGUGGUAUUACAAAUACCUUAUUAUUGCUACAAAAGGUUCAAUCAAGACUAGCAGAAUUGUUUUUGUUCAACAAAAUGGAUCGGUCCUCAUCUCUGAAUGAUCCUGCAUUAGCAGCAUUAACGAACUUUUCGACUAUGUACUCUGAAAUUCAUCCAUUACUCCAAGACUUGCAACAAACUUGGAACACUGAAUUGAGUGAUCUAUCAAAGUUACCAUCCUAUACUCAAUAUAUUUCUUCUUUAACUGGAACAACUCAAUGCAAUGCCACUAAUGCCAUGGCGUGUGAUGGGUUAAACCACUGGAUUACCACCUUUGUAAUCAACAGUGAUCAACUUUCAGAAACUCUUCAAAGUGAUAGUUUUGUAAGCUCUCCAAAAACUAUCUUUCAAAACUAUAUGGAAAGUUUUUUAACUGCCACUGAAACUACUAACCGUCUGCUUGAUUUCUUGGAAUAUUUCAUCUAUCUAACUGCCAAACCUGACAUGGUGAUAAUCAUUUUAUUUUCCAUCUUUGGGAUUCUUGAAACAUUAAUAUUUGGUUACUUUCUGUAUGACGCCUGUAGCUCUCACUGGAGAAAUAUUCAUCAGCUACGACUCAUGCUAAACUACAUUCCGUGGGAAAUUUUGGAUGCAAAUGAAAAACUUCGAAAUUAUGUUUUACAUUAUGAUUUAAGCAACGGCAAGGGAUUUUUAGGAAGAUCCAAAAUGAAAGAUGAUGGAUCAGGUGGCGACGAAGAAACAAGAGUAUCUAAUAUGCUUAACUCUGCAGUAGAUGGGGUAAUUUUGUGUAACGAGAAGGGAGAAAUUGAGUUGUUCAACCCUUCUGCACAGAAAAUGUUUGGAAUUAAAUCCACUGAUGCAAAAGGAAUGGGAGUUUUCACAUUGUUUGAUCAAGAAGCCGUUGGAAAGGUCAAGAUUAUUAUUGGUAUUAUGUGUAAAAAUUUGAACUUGGAAUACAAUAACGAUAAGCAAAAUUCAGAAUCGGUGGAAAUUGAUUGCUUUAGAAAGAAUCAAACUAAGUUUCCUGCAAGAAUUAAUUUCUUUGCAACAUUAUUUGGAAAUAAUCCAGUGGUGACAUUCUUUGUUAAGGAUAUCACUUCAGAGAAGAAGCAACAAACUUUGUUGGAGGAAGAGAAAAAGAAGUCUGAAAGUUUGCUUUUGAAUAUAUUACCUGAAGCUGUUGCUCUAAGAUUGAAGAGCGGAGAAACAUAUAUUGCUGAAAAGUUUUUAGACGUCACUGUGUUCUUCAGCGAUUUGGUGGGAUUUACAAAACUUUCAUCCAACAUGGAACCUAUCGAUUUAGUGAAGAUGCUUUCAGUGGUUGUGAGCGAAUUUGAUUCAUUGACUGACAAGUAUGGCUUGGAAAAAAUCAAAACUAUUGGAGACGCCUAUUUUUGUGUUGGAGGACAUAAUAACCCACAAAGUGAUCAUCCUGAGAGAACGCUUCGUUUUGCAAUCGAUGCAAUGACAGUCAUUCAUAACUACAACGUCGAGCAAAUCAAAGAAAUUCAUACCAAUCCAGAACUCAAGAGAAGACUCUUUGCUGAUGUCAAAGAAGGAGAAGAUAUGAGUUUGGAAAACAAACAGUUCAAUAUUCGUAUGGGAAUGAAUACUGGUAGUGUUGUUGCCGGUGUCAUUGGUACUAAAAAGUUCGCCUAUGAUUUAUGGGGAGAUACAAUUAAUAUGGCAUCACGAAUGGAGAGUACCUCGCUCCCUGGACGAGUGCAUCUGUCAAGAUCAACCUAUGAACGUGUGCAUGAUAUUGGUUUUGACUUUGAGGAGCGAAGGGUUGAUGUAAAAGGAAAGGGAGUGUGCCAAACAUAUCUUUUGAAUAAUGAACAUCAUUUAAGUUCUACUUUGACAAUUGAAGAAAUUGAACAGUUAUUAGGAGGACAAAUGAAAUCAAUUAUAGAGGAGGUAACGGAUCCAUUUGCCAAUAUCGAUUUGUUCAGAAGUGAUAAUUAUUCUUUCCCAAAGCUUGUAACAAAUGUAGAAUUUGUUGCUGCCAUGAAAGAGUACUUGACAGAUUUUAAAACAGAUAUCGCAGACUUCUAUCUGGCAGUCAUUAAUCAAUUCAAACCAAAUACUAACAUUGCUGAAAGAUAUGCUGUUGCGUCUCACUUAGUUACGACUUUUUUAGCUGAAGAUGCUCCAAGACGUCUCAAAUUUAAAUUUAUGAAGAAUGCAUUUGGCCCAUUCGAACUUAAAUUUAAACAAUGCAACAUCUCUUUUUGUCCCGUGGAUCUAUUUGAUAACUUUUCUAAUUUGUCUGUCAAGACGUUGAAGCCCGAGUUUCCAAAGUUCUUAAAAUCUAAACCUUUUUUAACAUUUUUAGAAAAGCUAAAAAAACAAGAUCCUGAUACAUUGUUCAAGUUUUUGAGAGUUGGAAAAGAUGGAUCUUCAACCCAUGACUCCACAGAAGAAGAGGAUGAAAAAGAAUUCAUUCUAUUUUGCGAAAAAUGCGGUACAGAAAUUAUCAACUUGGAGAACCAUCGAUUCAAUGACUGGGAAUUUGAACAUCGUAUUGAAGGGUUAACUACAUUUGCUGACUGGAGAGUUUUCACAGAAACACCAGAAGGCAAAACCUACCUUUCGCCUGAAGUUGACCAUAACCAUCUCAGCAACUCAAGACGACACACUCAAAUUAAAUAUCACUAUACAAUGGAUUGUAGUGCAGAGGCAUUAUUUAAUUUAUGGAUAGAUCCUGAAUAUUUCAAGUGCAGAGAAUUGACAAUUGAUUCCUCAAAUUUGAUUGAUUUUGUUAAGGUUGGAAAAUACGCUCAUGCCAUCUACCAAGAAAUCCUCAAAAUGAGCUUCCCACAGCAAGACAGGGAGUUAAUACAUGCCUAUUGCUGCAGAAGGGAUCCUGAGCAUAAGAGAUUCUUAUGUGUUUCAAGGUCUAUCAAUAAUCCAAAAGUGUCAGAGGGCUCUACGUAUGUGAGAGCUGAAAUCAAAACAGCUUUUAUGGUGGAGGAGACGGCUGAAAACAAGUGUACCUACACUUACACCAUUAUUUAUGAUCCUAUGGGGUGGUUAAAUGCUGAUCAUUAUUUCACAACUUUCAAGGACUCCGGUAAGGACGUCUUCCAUGAUGAAUUGAAGAAGAUGGUGAAGGAACGAGGAGCUAAGAAGAGUCACAAACAACCUGAAAUAGGCGGACUUGUGGAUUCUCUGUUGUAUUCCAUUGAGAUGAGAAGCAAAAAAUCAACACCAUAA